AAUGCCAAUCGGACUGGAAGGCAUCGAACCCCGGGCUCGUUAUUUCAGAGAAUCUCCCUCAACGUCAACGACUUCUAAUACAUGUUACUAGGGGAUAUACAUACUGAACCGGCCGUCAUUUUCCCAUUGACCACGGCCCCUAUAACGCUCAUGAAAAAUAUAACCUGGCAUGGUCAAACCACAAUCUCCUUGAUCUUGUCGCUUGCGGCCUUAAUACACGUCACUUUCUUCCUCUUAGCUGUUCCCCUCCUAGCUGUUCAACUAGGAUCAAUCACAAUUUACAGCCAUAUUGCAGUCCACUUAUCCCAGGCAGGUCCAUAGCACGAAAAAGUGAAAAGACAGCAUCACAAAGAUUCAAGAAUUCCAAAGACUGACAUUCGUUAUAGUAAAGUAGCUAGUCAUCACUUCAUAACC